AUGUUGCAAGAACUAUUUCUCAGCAUUGUCCAAACGUUGGAGGCUCGUGAUGAAUACUUCCAGUAUCGGGAAGAUGGCAUCGGCAGACCCGGACUUACGCCGUUGCAGAAGUGCACGGUUGCGCUCCGGCAAUUGGCCUACGGCACCACGGCAGAUAUGUUCGACGAGUACCUUCACGUUGGGGAGACAACUGGCCGUGAGGGCUUGAAGAAUUUUUGUAGGGGAGUUGUGGAGGCUUUUAGCAACACAUAUUUGCGAAAGCCGACUGUUGCGGAUUGCCAGGCCCUGAUGAAGAUGCACGAGAUGGCGCACGACUUUCCUGAAAUGCUAGGGAGCAUCGAUUCGGGGUCGAACAACGACAUCAACGUCCUCAACUCCUCCAACCCCUUCACCAAGCUAUGCAAUGGUAAAAGCCCGGUCAUCGAGUUCACUGCCAACGGACGCCAAUAUCACAUGGGAUACUAUUUGGCCGAUGGCAUAUACCCAAGGUGGCAUGUUUUUAUUAAGACGAUCAACUGCCUAAUAGGUGACAGGAGAGUUUUAUUCGCGCAAAUGCAAGAGGUUUCGCGGAAGGAUGUGGAGCGGGCAUUUGGGGUGCUCCAAUCGCGAUGUGCAAUAUUGAAGGGUCUAACGCGGUUCUGGUACAAGGACGUCAUCGCCGAUGUCAUGUAUGCGUGCAUCAUCUUGCAUAAAAUGAUAGUCGAACACGAAGGUGGAAGAGUCACCGAGUUGGGCGAUGAUGAAGUUUGA